CAUACAGAGCUCGUCAUGCAAUCUUGCUUGCUUCUGAGCGGACAUCUGAAACUGGAGUCUCUCGCUCGCAUGUAUAAGCCAUUGAUUGCGAGUCGCUUACCGGAAGAGCAACUGCCUACUUAGGACGAGGACGACACCACCAACGACGGAGAUUGGGAAUGGCGUUGUCUAAAUAUCCGACUCGUCAGCUCGGCGUAGGCGGCCCUCAUGUCAGUACAAUCGCUCUGGGAGUCCUAUCGCUGGCCGGGUUCUACGGAAAGAGCAACGAAGACAAGGUCAUGGACGUGCUGACCGCUGCAGCCGACCGCGGCAUCACGUUCUGGGACACUGCCGACAUAUAUGGGACAACUGAGCGCACCAUUGGUUCUUGGUUUACCCAAACCGGAAGAAGAUCCGAGAUAUUUUUGUCAACGAAGUUCGGUGCCGUGAUGCCCGCAGACCUGGACAAGAGAGGCCCUACAAGCACACCGUCUUACAUCAGACAGCAGCUUGAGAACUCGUUGAAAGAACUCCGAACAGAUUACAUCGACCUGAUAUACCAACAUCGGGUUGAUCCUAAGGUCCCUAUCGAAGUUGUCCUAGAAACACUCAGGCCCUUUGUGGAGAGUGGCAGGAUCAGAUACAUCGGGUUCAGCGAAUGUAGUAUUGAUCACCUCCGACGAGCGAAAGCGUUCCCCGGCAUUGGCGAAAAGGUCAUAGCCUGCCAGAUGGAGUUUAGCCCUUUCGAACGCGGGAUUGAGACGUCUGGCUUCGUAGCAGCUGCCCGCGAUGCUAGUGUGGGCAUAACGGCCUACUCCGCGCUUGGCAGAGGACUGAUCACUGGUCGCUACACAUCCCACAGAGACUUCGGAGAGGGCGACAUUCGCGGAUUUUUCUUGCCAUGGCUGUCUGCGGAGAACCUAUCCAAAAACCUGCCGCUCGUGGAGAAGUUCCGACAGGUGGCAAAGAAGUACGGGGCGACCCCUGGACAAGCGGCGCUGGCAUGGAUCCUGGCCGAACAUCCCGACUUCAUCCCUGUCAUCUCCACCAAGAGCGUCGAGCAUCUCGAAGAAAACGCCAAGGCGGCAGAAGUGGUCUUGUCGCCAGAAGACGUCAAAGAGCUCCGCACUGCCGUCGACGCCACUCCUAUGCAUGGUUCACGUUAUCCCGACUUCUAUCUCAAGAUGCUAGGUCUUGACAGUAUACCACUGAGCGAGUGGAAAGGAGAGUAAGCGCUGAUCAGGACGGCGGGCCAGGUACCCACAAGAAGCACCGAAAUAAGCUUCGGAGGGUUGCAUAGAUCCCUUGGGACGGUAUCAUCGUGGUCCUGUGCAGUGUGUUGACAUUCACCGAUGUCAAUGACCGUGC